GGCUGAUGGGCCAAUCCAGUUUAAGAAAUAUAGGUUAUGAUUAAGAAGGUUAUGCAUAAUUGUUUACAAAAGUGGAUUUAAUUUUGUGUUAUCCAAUUGAUUUAAAAUACCUUCCUCUUUCGCUUAUGCUGGAAAAUGGAUGAAGAUGACGGGCUCCAUCGGCUGGAAGGUGUUUCUGGACAAAAAGGGGGUUUAAUCGUAAAGAAGAAACCUUCAUCCUUCGUUGUCCCACAACCUUCCUUGUUGGGUUUAGAUAAAUUGGCGGCAGCGAAAAGGCGAGAGAAAGAAGAUGCGGCUAGAAAAAUAUCAUUUCGAAUGGAAGAAGAUGAUAGCAGCGUUGAUGUUCACAAUCAGGUAAAAGAAGCACACUCAUCGGAAAAACGAAAGUUUCGCGCACCAAACAUCGAGACUCCAACCUACACUGGCGGCAUAACUGAAUUGGCACGAGAACGCCUGAUUGAACGUUUAAAUUCCAACGCAAAGAAGGAAAAGGGAGUUUACGCCAGCACUAAAGAUCUAAAAAAGAACAGUCGCGAGCCGGAUAAACGCGAGCGAUACGAUAGACGCAAAGAAAGGGAGAAAUCCGAGAGAUCGCACACUCCUCGCUUUAAAGAUGAACCUAAAACGCCGAAUUUAAAGGUGAAGGAUGAGGUUUCGAAAUCGGCGUGGGACGACGACGAUCCAGUUCCUCCUAAAAAAUCCUCGUGGGAUUUUCCGACACCUAUGGCGCACAAAUCGAGCAGCGAUUGGUCGGAACGGAGCACGAAGUCGCGAAGGGACGACUAUAAGAAAUCCGAGCAUAAGUCGAAGUACAAAAGUGAUACGCCUCGUUUUACUCCUGUUCACAAGUAUAAUUUGUGGGCGAAAGAUCGCAAGAAGACCGGGGCCACUCCUGGAUUUGACAAUAAUGAGGAGUUAAAGUGGAACGAGGAGGAGGACAAGGAGAUGUGGGAGGAGGAGCAGAAGCGUAUCGAUCGCGAGUGGUAUAAUAUGGACGAGGGAUACGAUGUCGAGAAUAACCCGUUUGCGAGCGUUAGCGAUGCGUACACGAAGAAGAAGGAGGAGCAACUCGAGCAGCGCAAAAGGAAGAGAAUGUCGGCGCAGCAGAGACAGAUCAAUAAGGAUAACGAGCUGUGGGAACGUAAUCGGAUGUUAACUUCCGGUGUCGUGCACUCGGUUGACGUUAAUGAAGAUUUCGAUGAAGAAUCGAUAGAUCGAGUCCACCUGCUUGUGCAUAACAUUGUUCCCCCGUUUUUGGAUGGGCGAAUUGUAUUUACUAAGCAGCCCGAACCGGUUAUUCCCGUACGUGAUCCGACUUCGGAUAUGGCGCUGGUCGCGCGUAAAGGCUCUCACCUAGUCAAAGUCUACAGGGAGCAAAAGGAGCGAAAGAAGGCACAGAAAAAGCACUGGGAAUUGGGCGGUACGAAAAUAGGUAACAUAAUGGGUAUCAAAAAGAAGGAAGAUGAAGAAGACGUACGUUACAACAAGGAUAGCGAUAGUACGGAUUAUAAGACGGAUCAAAAAUUCGCUGAUCACAUGACGAAAACUGAAAGCAGUAGUGAAUUUGCGAGGAAGAAAAGUUUUCUCGAACAGCGGAGGUACCUGCCGGUUUUCGCAGUGAGACAAGAGCUGUUGAACGUUAUUCGUGAGAAUUCGGUGGUGAUUAUCGUAGGUGAGACGGGCAGUGGGAAAACGACCCAACUAACACAGUAUUUGCACGAAGACGGUUACAGUAAGUACGGUAUGAUCGGGUGUACACAGCCUCGUCGUGUAGCCGCAAUGUCGGUGGCAAAACGUGUCAGCGACGAGAUGGGGACUCAGUUGGGGGAUGAAGUCGGUUACGCCAUUCGUUUUGAGGACUGUACUUCAGAAAAUACAGUUAUCAAGUAUAUGACUGAUGGAAUUUUACUUAGGGAAAGUUUACGAGAGGCGGAGCUUGACCAUUAUAGUGCCAUUAUUAUGGAUGAGGCUCACGAGAGGUCUCUAAGUACUGAUGUCCUUUUUGGAUUACUGAGGGAGAUUGUAGCAAAAAGACACGAUUUAAAACUAAUUGUGACAUCGGCCACCAUGGAUUCCAGCAAAUUCUCCUUAUUCUUCGGUAACGUACCGACGUUCACAAUUCCCGGCAGAACCUUCCCGGUCGAAACGCUGUUCAGCAAAAACCCGGUCGAAGACUAUGUAGACGCCGCCGUUAAACAAGCCUUGCAAAUACACCUCCAACCGCCGUCGGGCGAUAUUCUAAUUUUUAUGCCUGGCCAAGAAGACAUCGAAGUCACGUGUGAAGUGCUCGCGGAACGUUUAAGCGAAAUUGAGCACGCACCCGAGCUCUCGAUCCUCCCCAUUUACUCCCAACUCCCCUCGGACUUACAAGCGAAAAUUUUCCAACGUUCACCUGAGGGCAUACGUAAGUGCGUCGUCGCGACUAACAUAGCCGAAACGUCACUAACCGUCGACGGCAUCAUCUUCGUCAUCGAUUCCGGCUAUUGCAAGUUGAAAGUGUACAAUCCACGCAUAGGCAUGGACGCUUUGCAAAUUUACCCCAUUAGCCAGGCCAACGCAAAUCAACGUUCCGGACGCGCGGGAAGAACCGGUCCAGGACAGGCGUUUAGGCUUUACACCGAACGGCAGUACAAAGACGAACUUUUGGUGACCAACGUACCUGAAAUUCAACGAACAAACCUCGCUAAUACUGUACUUCUGCUAAAGUCACUCGGGGUCGAAGAUCUCCUGCAGUUUCACUUCAUGGACCCCCCACCUCAGGAUAACAUUCUUAAUUCGCUGUACCAACUGUGGAUCUUGGGCGCCUUGGACAACACAGGGUUGCUCACGAAGCUAGGAAGGCAAAUGGCCGAAUUUCCACUUGAUCCACCUCAAUGUCAGAUGCUUAUUGUUUCGAGCGAAAUGGGUUGCACUGAGGAAAUACUCACCAUUGUUUCCAUGUUGUCUGUUCCAUCAAUAUUUUACCGUCCCAAAGGAAGGGAGGAGGAGGCCGAUAGUGUUCGUGAAAAAUUCCAAGUACCGGAAAGCGACCACCUCACAUACCUCCACGUUUACAACCAGUGGAAGCAGAACAAUUACUCGUCGCAUUGGUGUAAUGAGCAUUUUAUUCAUGUGAAAGCCAUGAGGAAAGUGAGGGAAGUGCGACAGCAAUUAAAAGACAUAGUAAUUCAACAAAAGUUGAAAAUCGAUUCAUGUGGUACCCAUUGGGAUGUUGUGAGAAAGUGUAUUUGCUCAGCCUACUUCCACCAAGCCGCGCGUCUGAAGGGUAUAGGCGAAUAUGUAAAUUUACGUACAGGAAUGCCCUGUCAUUUGCACGCGACGUCCGCACUGUUCGGACUCGGCAACACCCCAGAUUACGUCGUUUACCACGAGUUAGUGAUGACUGCGAGAGAAUACAUGCAGUGUGUGACAUCCGUAGACGGGCACUGGCUGGCGGAACUCGGCCCCAUGUUCUUCUCGGUAAAAGAAACUGGGAAGUCUGGGCGUGCCAAGAAGAAGCAGGCGGCCGAACACCUGCAGGAGAUGGAAAAUCAAAUGCACAUGGCUCAGGAGGAGAUGCGCGCGCGUAAGGAGGCGGCCGAUAAGCGUGACGCCGCCCUUAACAAAGGACAGGAAAUUAUAAGUGCAGGGACGACACCUAGGAGGACACCUGCUAGAUUAGGGCUUUAAGGAAUUGUACAUUUUUAUUAAAUAGAUUUUUGAAAGAAA